AUGAUCACAAAGUUAAAGUUGAGAAUGAACCAAGGCAAUAGUCACUCGCCACAUUUUGAUGAGAAAAUAGUACGCUUUGCUGUGUCGGAAGAUCUAGACGAUGGCGAUGUCAUAGGAAUUGUUACCGCUAAUGACUCUGAUGUGGGUCUGGCAGGGAAAAUUCACUACCGUAUCCAGUCUGAAAGCGAAGUGCCUUUACGAACACUUCCAAAUGGAACACUUGUCGUGGUUGGCGCUUUGGAUUACGAAGCGAAAAAGCGCUAUGUGUUCAAUGUUACGGCUACGGAUCGAGGUCAACCACUGAGAAACGCCAGCGCUCAAGUUGUCGUUGAUUUAUUGGAUCUCAAUGACAGUCCACCCAUGAUUGAAGACAAGGAGCUUACUUAUGCGAUUACUUCCCCCAAUGAUAUCAUUUGCCCUACGAUUUCCGACAUCGACACUCCUCUCGCUGAUCUCGACUUCUUUACCGACACCCCCAACGUCACCAUUUCAGCUCAGCAUGAUUGCAUCAAAAUCAAUGAUACCGUACCCCCAGCCAUCAGCUGGACAGUAUCCGAUGAUAAUCAAUCAAUAACCGUAAAAUUGAAUUUGCUGGAUAUGAUGCCAAAGCAACCGGAAAUUUCGGAGACGAAUGUGAUCAUUAGCGAAAAUACUGUGGACGGCACUAUAGUGGCAUCUUAUGAGAAUGUGGUCUUCUCUGAGCAAAAAGAUCAGUUGUCGGUGGAUUCGAAGGACGUGAAGGUGCAAGGUGGACAUGGUCUACGAGGAGAUGUGCUGAAAAUCUAUGCAAAAUCAAGAUUUGGAGGACGAGGUUUGCGAAGCUCUAAUCUGACACUGAUGGCCAGCCGGGAUGCUCCAUCACCACUUUUCGAGAAGACAUAUUAUGCCUUAAAUGUUAGCAAAAUGAUGCCUGUGGAUACAGUAAUACAUGACUUCCGAUUGCAUUUGCCGGACAACUGCCACAUGGAAAUUGUUACUGGUAAUGAAGCUGAGGCUUUUUGUAUAUCAAGGGGCUUAGCGCUUACACUAUGCGGAAAUGUGAGAAGAAAGCAUUACAGUAUCCUUGUAGAGAUUAUCUGCGCGAACAGAACGACAUCACGCGCCGCAGUGUCGAUUACCGUAAUCCCAGCACCUGCCCAGCACGCCCCAUUGAUAGGAUUUGUGCGCGAGAGCGCGCCCUCUGCCGUAAUUGGUCAACUAGAUGAGAAGAAUCACAAAUCGAGGAAGUCGAUUUACCAUAUUGGAGAUAUGCAUCUAAGAGAGAUAUUUGCACUAUCACCCGACGGUAUGCUGUCUACAUUGAAACCAUUGAAUAGGUCGAUUCGCAGCGUCUACCGUAUACCCAUCGUUGUUCAACCAUCGGCAGCCAGACCACUGACAAAGACAUUUGUGGUAUUCGUCGACGAAGAUGCAGAGACUGCGACAACUCGUCCACAGAUCAAUGCUGCUGCCUUGCUGGCAGAUCCUGUGACUGAAUUUGAUCUUGGGGAUCUAGACGUUGGAUCUUCGCCUAAAUGUCAAGCAAUCAAUAACGAUCGAUAUGAGGUAUCAGAAGACUGUCGCAUAACUAUCGAACAAUCAAUCGAUAAUCACGAAACGAUCAAAGCAGCAAUCAAUAAUCGAACCGUGGAAGUUGCACUGAAGACCUUACGCAUUCAGCACGAAUUUGCUCCAACCAUGCUACAGCUCGUCGUUUACGCCCUUCCCAGUGGAAUAGCUCAGAUGCUGACUGAGUUACAGCGGACCUACAGUGAUUUGACAUUCUAUCCCUUGGCUGUUGAGAUGUCAGCGUAUCGCAACACUCUCUCGCUCGCCAUAGUUGAUCGCAAUCAAAAAGUGAUCUCAGCCAACGAUUCGCGCGACAUCGUCGCGAGAUUCUUCAAGAUGGACGAGUUUGCCCACGCACUGCUCGAGUCCAUGGAAACGAAUCUUUGUGCUAAUGUCUCCUGUGCCAAUAAUGGGACUUGUCAUCAAAAGGUGGUCUGGAACAAGAAGAGCUCAACAUUUACGGGACCGGAGUCACUGUGGAGCAUACCGGAGGGCGUGGGAGUAGCUAACUGCGAGUGUCCUCCUGGAUUCACUGGUGAACUUUGCGAGAGCAUCAAGAAGUGUGAUCGUGCUAGUUGUCCUGAUGGAGAAUGCACAGAGGACGGGGACUGUGUGCGGGAUUGUGAGAAGACGUGCAAAAACGGCAUCUGCACGAAUGGCGUUUGCGAUUGCUUGCUAGGUUUUGCUGGAGCUGACUGUUCUCUCAAAACAUUCGGUACCGCGACUGAGCAAAAGCGAAAGAAAACUGUGAAAAUGCUGAAAAAGCUACCAACUGCAAAAGCACCUUGUUCCGAACUACAAUGUGGAAAAGGAGAGUGUCUGGUACAAAGCGGCCGUUCGAACACUUGCCGUUGUCCAGGAGGAUUCGUAGCGAAAGACUGCUCAUCUGAUCCUCAUGUGCUAUCAUUGUUAGGCUCGGUGAUCUUUACACCAACAACAGAAUUGAGAACAGAGUUGGAACUGAAUCACUCACCACUGGUCACUAAUGAGUUCUGCAACGGUAGUCAAUCGAUAUCAAUCGAUUUCCGAACGAAAAAUUCACAUGGUGUUAUUGUCGCGCUGUCCUAUGAACGAGAAUUUGCUGUGAUUGAGGUCCACUCAUCCAAAGUACGAUAUCGCAUGUUCGAUAGCUAUAGAACACCUAUAGAAAUUACGCUCAAUAGCCAAACGGUGGACGAUGGCAAUUGGCGCCAAGUCGCACUUGAGCUGAGCGAAGAUCGAAAAACCAUCACCUUCAAAGUCGGCGGUAUUGGCAAAGAAGCUGUAUCACGGAUGGUUUUACCAACAUCAUAUCUGUCGAUCUGA